AUGCCACAGUUUAUUGCUUACUACAAUUACAGAACAGGCUCCCCUGGCGGAGGCCUCAUCACUUACAUCAAGCUCCACAUCCCGACGUCCCUCAUUGAAACAAAGAUAACCAACGGGGCUGGCCAACCUGAAUGGAUUAUCACCGACAUCUACUUGACUAAACGCAUCAGAAUCAUAAACGUAUACUUCUCCCCACAAGCAAACAACCACCUCACGGAAAGUAUUCUUAACAGAAAUGACCAUUUCACCACCAUCAUUUGCGGUGAUUUUAACGCCCAUAACACCAUGUGGGGUAACUCCUCGACAGAUGUCAGAGGUCGCAUUAUCGCAGACCAUCUUAUGUCCACCGACACUAUCCUCCUCAAUGAUGGCCAGUUCACAUAUUACAACCCAAAAGGUAAUAAAACAGCCAUAGACCUCACUCUCGUUACGAACGACAUUGCAACACUUGCAAACUGGAACCCCUUGUCUCUUUUCUGCGGCAGCCACUAUCGCAAGAUCGAAACCGACUUUUCCAACAUCAGGACAGGCAAACUUAAAGCGAAUAACCAAACUCACACUAGCACCUACAUUAACAUAUCACAAACAUUCAUCUUCUGGGCUACUCACACGGACUGGACCUAUGACGAUUUCAUCAACAAAUACAAAGAACUCACAUACACCCUUAUCAAUCGCAACCACGUCCACAGAGCCACAAGCCCCCGUGCUGGAAUAACGAAUGCCAACGGAAAUUAG